CGCCUCGUUCGCCUCCUCCCUCGUCGAGACCUCGAAGCUGUGAAAAGACCAGAAUACCCCUCAUCCCCAAAAGCCCCAAACCCGAGGAGGCGAGAGGAGGAGGAGGAGGAGCUCGUCGGCGGCGAGCGAUGGCGGCGGCGGUGGCGGAGCUGUGGGAGACGCUGAAGCAGGCGAUCGUGGCGUACACGGGGCUGUCGCCGGCGGCGUUCUUCACCGCCGUGGCGGCGGCGGCGGCGCUGUACCACGUCGUGUCGGGGAUCUUCGCGGGGCCGCCCCCGCCGCCGCCGCCGCGGCCGAGGGACGAGCCCGAGGCGGAGCCGCUCCCGCCGCCCGUGCAGCUCGGGGAGGUCUCCGAGGAGGAGCUCCGCCAGUACGACGGGUCCGAUCCCAAGAAGCCCCUCCUCAUGGCCAUCAAGGGCCAGAUCUAUGACGUCACGCAGAGCAGGAUGUUCUAUGGACCUGGUGGACCUUAUGCGCUAUUCGCUGGCAAAGAUGCCAGCAGAGCACUCGCUAAGAUGUCCUUCGAGCCCCAGGAUUUGACCGGUGACAUCUCUGGUCUUGGCCCAUUUGAACUCGACGCAUUGCAGGACUGGGAGUACAAGUUUAUGGGCAAGUACGUGAAGGUCGGUACCGUCAAGAAGACCGUCCCUGUUGAAGAUGGUGCCCCAAGCACUUCACCAGAAACAACUGAAACCGCCGCUGCCGCUGAGCCAGAGAAGGCGCCAGCAACCGAAGAGAAGCCGAGGGAGGUAAGCUCGGAGGAAGUAAAAGAAAAGGAGGAUGCUGUUGCCGCUGCUGCACCUGAUGAAGGCGCCAAAGAAAGUUAGAACACUCCAGUAAUCCCCAUUGCAGCAAUAAUUUGUGUAAUUGGAUGUGCAAUCUGCACUAGCACAUAGGACCUGGAGCUGGAGGUGCUAGUGCUUAUUAUUAUUAGUUGUUACUGGGAGUAUUAGACAUGAGAUCACCUGGGGUUUAUUCCCCUUUUGUUAAGUCUCUGUUAAUAACUAUAUGGGUGAAUAAUAUAGCUGCCUUUUUAAAACCUUUUUAA